AUGAAGCUGAUCGUCGCCGGAUCCACCGGCUUCGUGGCGACCGAGGUCAUUCGCCAGGCGCUUGCCAACCCGGCCGUCGCGUCUGUUGUCGCCCUGGGCCGUCGCAAAGCCCCGGAGCCGCAGAGGUUGGAUCCCGGAGCCGACGUGUCGAAGUUCACGUCGGUCGUCCUGGAAAACUUCGACAAUGAGUAUCCCGAGAGCGUGAAGGGGGCGCUGGCCGGGGCCGAUGCGUGCAUCUGGACAAUUGCGGUCACGCCAAGCAAGUCAAAGACGGUGCCCCGCGAGCAGGUGAUCAAGGUCUCUCGUGACUACGCCGUCAAGUGCCUGGAGACCCUGUCGCGGCUGCCCCGCGAGGGUGAUAGCAAGAAACCGCUCCGCUUCAUCUACAUCAGCGGCCACAAGGCCGAGCGGGACCAGAGCAAGAAGCCUCUUAUUAUAGGCGACUACCUUCUGAUUCGCGGAGAAGCGGAAACACGCAUCCUCGAAACAGCCAAACAAACCGGCGGCGCCGUGCAGGCGGCCGUGGCCAAGCCGGGCCUUAUCUCUGGGCCGGGCAAGAAGACGUCGUGGCUGCAGCGCACCUUGCUCUCGCUCAUCGGCCUGCCGAGUAUUGAGGUCAGCGAGAUUGCCGCUGCGCUGCUGCAGCAAGCUGUGAAGGGGGUCGAAAAGGAGACGCUGUCCAACGACGAUAUGAUCAGAAUUGCGCGCGAGAUGCGAGCUCGCCAAUGA